UUUUUGUCUUGCUUCAGAAGUUUAGCCACUACAAUGUCCGCCUUCUCUUGCAGAGAGCAGCACGGUUUGCUGAGCUCUGAUCAGUGUGCUCGGGGCCUACUCGACAACCACGGAAUGUUUGGCAUGGUCGUAAAUGUGCUCAGGCAGGACUCAAUGAGUUACCAGAGCUCCUGUUCUGUAUAGCUUUGGCCAACCACCUACUCCGGUGCAAACGGCUCACCAAAAAGGUUCCUUUGAAGGUAUCGGCGGCGGCGGAGCAAAACGAAUUGCUACUCGUCUACCGUCAUUACACAGCGGUCAGUACACAGCGUCGUUACAGAAUGCCUUCAUUUAUAGCGCUCGCCAAUAAGUACUUCCAGCCAGACAUACAGACGCUCGACCAGCAUGCGCUGGGGUUGGGUUCGCAGAAAGCCGCGCGGUUCAACGAAGUACACUCGGUGGCGGAGCUGGCUCGUAGUGUGUCGACAUCAACCCGUGGCUCUGGAGCCAGCGGUGCUGCUGCCAACCCCAAGAAGACCAAUACCAGUAGAUACCGGCGCUUGGCUGGCAAGUCAUCUGUGGACGAGUCCUUAUUUACUGGUGGCCAGGCCAGCAAGAAGAAGACGACAAUGCGGAGUCGGAACAUUGAGGCGGAGAAGCGCGAGCUACAAGGCCUGGCCACACUGCCUGCUAAGCCCAAGCAGGAGACAAUUAACUUGGUGACGAAGGAUCUAAUUCGCACACUGCGUGUUCCUCAAAAGGACCCGUCGGGACAGUCCGUCAUCCUGCCAAUGUCGGAAUUUGACCGCAUCAAGCAACGUGCCACGGCUCCAAGCAUAGCGCAGCGCAAAACCCUUGUGGCCGAGCAAAAGGAACUAGAAGCCGGUUUACAGGAGGCGAGUUCCAUGCGACGCCAGGAGAUGCGAGCCUACGAGGAGACCAGGAAGCGGAAUGCCAAGCCAUCGGACUUGGAAGAGGAAGCGUACGCGAGAGCACAGCAUCUACAGGAGAAGGCCGAGGCAUCUACCAUUGAACAAGAGGAUGAGAUAAAGAACUUGAAUGAGAUCCUCCUGGAAGCCAAGUGCAAUGCGAUACGCGACCUUCAGCUGGAGGAGAAGAAAGAACUUGCUGCAUGUUUUGAAGAUGAAGAUAAACGCUUGGACACCAUGAUGGAGGCGGAGAGGAAGCAACGCAUCGAGGAACAUGAAAUGAAAGAAAACAAGCAACGACUGCAGAGACUAGAAGGUGCCACAGUUCUGCGCACUCAGAUAGAGAAACAGGAACAGCACCGACUACUCAACGAGGAGAAGAAAGAUCAGGAGACCCAGCAAAUGAUCAAGUACCUGCAGCAUCUACAGGAAGAGGACAUGGACGCGAUGCGGGUGAAGAAAGAAAAGCAAGCGGCGCUCAUGGUCGAGGUGGGAAAGGCAAAUGAGGAGAUAAAGCGACAGAAGCUAGUAAAGAGAGAGCAAGAAAAGCAGGAGGAGCUGCAAGUGGCAAAGUAUUUGCGUGAGAAGGCGGAAAGAGAGGAAGCACUUGCUAAGGAAGCGGAACGCCAGCGCAUCGCAAAGGAGAAAGAGAUUGCCCGCCUCCGUUCGCUCCAGGAAAGGGCCAAGGAUGAGCAGGCAGAGAAGGAUGCACUGAGAGCCAAGAGAGAUCAAGAAAAUGCUGAGCGGGAGUGGAGACGCAAGGAACGGGAGCGCGUGGCAAAAGAGACUUCAAUGCACGAGCAUCUAAGGCAGGCACGUGUUGAUCAAGUGCAUCAUAAGGAACACUACAUGGCAGUGCAGGCGGCACGAGAUCGACAAGUCUUCGACACAAUGGUCCAUGAGCAGCGCAAAGCGCUGGAAGAGGAAAAGCAAACAGAGCAGCGGCAAGCUGCAGCGCGCUACAAGAACGCAUCUGUUGUCAGGAAACAGAUCACUGACAAGGAAGCUCAGCAAGUGGAACAGCGGCAGGACUUCUUCCAGGAAGGCAGGCGCCUUGACAAAGAAGCUCAGGAAAGACGAGAGCGCCUACAUGCAAUCAAGAUGAAGAAACUAGAGGCGUUGAAGGACAUCGGCAUCCCUGACAAGUACUGCGCACAAGUUAGCCGCCACAUUCAUGCGCCACCGCCAAGUUUCACGAUGAGCAAGAAAGUCUAAAACGGAGAGAGCUCUUUAAAAACUUUUUUUGGCCUGCAGCCAAUUCACAAAAAUACCAAAACUAUGAUGAUGCAACAAACAUGAUGGUUAAGUUAAAGUAAGCAGUCAAAGAAAAGUUGAAUUGAAGUAUGAAACAUGAACAUGAAAGUUUAUUGUUGUGAUUUGCAAAAUAUUCUUGUGAGUUUUUGUACAUAAGCUGGUUUUGA